GCGGGGCUCGGCGGCGGUUGCUGGCGGAGCCUGGGAGGGCGAGGAGGCUUUAGUUACCUCGGCCGUCGCAUCCUCGAGGGAGUCGUGUCGCCGCCAUCCCCGCCUCCGAGCUUGUCCACCGCCCCUGAAGCUCUUGUGUGCUCCGGGGAAUCUCGCUAGCUGUCUGCCCUCGGCCUUGCGGACCGCGCCUCCAGCAGCAUGUGUGGUAUAUUUGCAUACUUAAACUACCAUGUUCCUCGCACAAGACGAGAAAUAUUGGAGACCCUAAUCAAAGGCCUUCAGAGAUUAGAGUACAGAGGAUAUGAUUCUGCAGGUGUGGGAGUUGAUGGAGGCAAUGACAAAGAUUGGGAAGCCAAUGCCUGCAAAAUUCAACUCAUUAAGAAGAAAGGAAAAGUUAAGGCACUGGAUGAAGAAGUUCACAAACAACAAGAUAUGGAUUUGGAUAUAGAAUUUGAUGUACACCUUGGGAUAGCUCAUACCCGUUGGGCAACACAUGGAGAACCUAAUCCUGUCAACAGCCACCCCCAGCGCUCUGAUAAAAAUAAUGAAUUUAUUGUUAUUCAUAAUGGAAUCAUCACCAACUACAAGGACUUGAAAAAGUUUUUGGAAAGCAAAGGCUAUGACUUUGAAUCUGAAACAGACACAGAAGCAAUUGCCAAGCUUGUUAAGUACAUGUAUGACAACUGUGAAAGUCAAGAUAUCAGUUUUACUACCUUGGUGGAGAGAGUUAUCCAACAAUUGGAAGGUGCUUUUGCACUUGUAUUUAAAAGUGUUCAUUUUCCUGGGCAAGCAGUGGGCACAAGACGAGGUAGCCCCCUGUUGAUUGGUGUGCGGAGCGAACAUAAGCUUUCUACUGAUCACAUUCCAAUACUUUAUAGAACAGCUAGAACUCAGAUUGGAUCAAAAUUCACACGGUGGGGAUCACAGGGAGAAAGAGGCAAAGACAAGAAAGGAGGCUGCAAUCUCUCUCGUGUGGACAGCACUACUUGCCUUUUCCCUGUUGAAGAAAAAGCAGUAGAAUAUUACUUUGCUUCUGAUGCAAGUGCCGUCAUUGAACACACCAAUCGUGUCAUCUUUCUAGAAGAUGAUGAUGUUGCAGCAGUUGUGGAUGGCCGUCUUUCUAUCCAUCGAAUUAAACGUACUGCAGGAGAUCAUCCUGCUCGAGCUGUGCAAACCCUCCAAAUGGAACUCCAGCAGAUCAUGAAGGGCAACUUCAGUUCAUUUAUGCAAAAGGAAAUUUUUGAGCAGCCAGAGUCUGUUGUGAACACGAUGAGAGGAAGAGUCAACUUUGAUGACUACACUGUGAAUUUGGGUGGUUUGAAGGAUCACAUUAAGGAGAUACAGAGGUGUCGGCGUUUGAUUCUUAUUGCUUGUGGAACAAGUUACCAUGCUGGUGUAGCAACACGUCAGGUUCUUGAGGAGCUGACUGAAUUGCCAGUGAUGGUGGAACUAGCCAGUGAUUUCCUAGAUAGAAACACACCAGUCUUUCGAGAUGAUGUUUGCUUUUUCAUUAGUCAAUCAGGUGAGACAGCAGAUACCCUGAUGUGUCUUCGGUAUUGUAAGGAGAGAGGAGCUUUAACUGUGGGAAUCACAAACACAGUUGGCAGUUCUAUAUCAAGGGAGACAGAUUGUGGUGUUCAUAUUAAUGCCGGCCCUGAGGUUGGUGUGGCCAGUACAAAGGCUUACACCAGCCAGUUUGUAUCUCUUGUGAUGUUUGCCCUUAUGAUGUGUGAUGACAGAAUCUCCAUGCAAGAGAGACGCAAAGAGAUCAUGCUUGGAUUGAAACGGCUGCCUGAUUUAAUUAAGGAAGUACUGAGCAUGGAUGAUGAAAUUCAGAAAUUGGCAACAGAACUUUAUCAUCAGAAGUCAGUCCUGAUAAUGGGACGAGGCUAUCAUUAUGCUACUUGUCUUGAAGGGGCACUGAAAAUCAAAGAAAUUACUUAUAUGCACUCUGAAGGCAUCCUUGCUGGUGAAUUGAAACAUGGCCCUCUGGCCUUGGUGGAUAAGUUGAUGCCUGUCAUCAUGAUCAUCAUGAGAGAUCACACUUACGCAAAGUGUCAGAAUGCUCUUCAGCAGGUAGUUGCUCGUCAGGGACGCCCUGUGGUGAUUUGCGAUAAGGAGGAUACUGAGACCAUUAAGAACACAAAAAGAACAAUCAAGGUGCCACACUCAGUGGACUGCUUACAGGGCAUUCUCAGCGUGAUCCCUUUGCAGUUGCUGGCUUUCCACCUGGCAGUGCUGAGAGGCUAUGAUGUUGAUUUUCCACGGAAUCUUGCAAAGUCUGUAACCGUCGAGUAAAAAGCAUCUGAAACUUGGGAAGAUUAAACAACACAAGACACCUUUUAUAUUGAAAGCUUUGAUUUAAGAUAUCACCCCCCUGGAAGCCUUUUUUAGUAAAUUCUUAUUUAUAUAUCAGUUAUAAUUAUUCCAUUCAAUUUGUGAUUUUUGUGAAAUUGCUUCUUACAUUUUUCCAGUAAAAUGUGGGGGAGUUUGAAUAAUGAAAUCUAAUUGGAAUCUGUAUUGGGAAGAUUUUAGCUGUCUUUUUCUUUAAAGAAUGCUGGGUGUUGAAUUUAUGGGUCCUCCACUUCAAUCUAAGAGGACUGUAUAUUUAAAAAAUAAUUGGCAUUUGUUUUACUGUGCAUUUAUUCAUUCAGACCAAUCAUAGAGUUGUGCAUUUAUUUGGGCUUUCUAAAUCCAGUGGUAGUAUAUGUGAACACUUGGAUGUUUAUUGAAGGUUUUGCUAAGUUAUAUAUAAACAGAAGAUGCUGUGAUUUAUUUCAGAACUUGUUUCUAUUUUGUUUUUAAAUCAAACUAUAAUACGUAAAGGCUUAAAACUUUUCUUGGUGGGAUUUAUAUCUAAGGUCAGUUAACCUUAGUUCUCAUACUUAUCCGUUAUCUGUAGGUGGAGGUGAUUUAGGCAACAGAAUAUUAUAGUAGUGCAUUGAUGUUCUCCAAUGCACUUAUAGAGAAAACAUGUGCACAAUUUUAUAGCACAAACUUUAAAUUUGAAUUGCUUUAGACAGUUGGACAAUUGACAGCGUGAUUUUAAAUUUGAAGAUGGGAUGUUGGGUAACCCACUCCUUGUUUUUUCAUCUAAAAGAAAUUUUUAUUUCCUUAUGUUUAUAUUUUAAAGUAACUGUUGAAUGACAUAUUUGUAUCUUGUUCUUGAAAUCACAACAGAGUUGCUAUCAAAUGUUUCAGAUUGUCAGUAUAUUCAAUAUUCUUUUCAACGUUGUCCCAUGAAAGAAUUUCCUACAGUUAAUUUUGACUUUCUUUACUGCCUUGUUGCAUAAAACUAAUAUACCUUUAGUGUCAGUUUGGAAAUUCUCUGAAAUCGUUUAGAAGAUUUGCAAGUCUUUGGCUCUUAAAUAGGUAUGGUAGGCUAGGCUAAGAAAAAUUUAUGUUUUACACUGAUAUUAGUAAAUAAAGGACAUCAUAUUUAGUAUUCCUAGAUUUUUUCUUCUGUAUUUUCUGUGUUCUACCCUGAAAUUUAUUUAGGAAUGAAGAUGAUGUAAAUAAAGUGGUGGUAAGAUGUCUUCAGCUGGUUGCAGUUACAAGUGGAAGUUGACACUUUGGGUUAAAAUAUUUAAAGUAGAAUAUUAGUUAGAUACCCCAAAAAUGUGAGUUAAAAUUUUUUUCACAGAGUUUUUUGGUUUAGAUCUUGAGGGCUAUAGGAGAGUGUGCUUAUGUUUUGGUUGAGUUCUUUCAAAAGUACUCACUUUUAAAUUGUGAAGGUGAAAUAUUUAGCAUAAUUUCUAGUAAGUUCAGUCUUUUAUUUCCUUUUUUGUGUUUGAACUUCUGGAUGAGGUUAGGAUUUUGGAUAGCUAUUAUUGCUACAAGAGAAGUAUAAAACACUGCUUGUGCAUGAUGGGUAGAGAAAGAAGUAGCAUAUUUUAAGGUAAUUUGGAAGGAAUCAUUGAUGGAGUCUAGGGAUCUCAUUGUUUUUAAAAAUAAAAUAAGGUCACUAUUUACAUCAUACACACACACACACACACACACACACACAAACACAUACAGCUGCUAUAGCUAUAUUUACCUACUUUGUUUAUAAGAUUAUUUUCUGUAAGCAUACUAGUUUUAGUAUAUGUAUUAUAUCAUUUCUUAUAUUUGAUAUGACAACAUUUGACAUGUGUAUGGGUUUGCAGCAUUUCUUUCCUUAAAUUAUUUUAUUGAUAUACAUGACAUACACAUAAUUAUUGUGUAUUGUUAUGGGGUACAGUGUGAUGUUUUGGUAUGUUGUAAAAUGAUUAACUCAGGAUACUUAGAUUAUCCAUCAUCUCAAACAUUUAUCAUUUUUUUGUGAUAAGAACAAUCAGAGUGGUCUUUUGUAUCUAUUUUGAAUUAUAUCGUUUGGUACUGUUGGCUGUCAUCACCUUCUGUGUAAUAGAAUUCCAGAACUUACUUCUGUCUGGCUGUGAUUUGUACCCCAAAUCACACUCCAUACACAAAUACUCCAAGCUAGGGUAAGUUCUAAACUGAGUAUCAAAAACCAAGUUGAAGUAUGAAGUGGUAUUUUCCAAACAUGAUUUUGUUUCCCUUUUCUCUCUUCUUGCUCUCUACCCCAUUUAAUGUUGUGAUUUUUAAAUGUUUUUAUAAAUUAAUUUUUAACACAUAAAAGGUUUUGCAGUGAGGCAAGGCUAAAUAAGUGAGCAUACCCAGUUAAAGCCAAUGUAAUAUAGACUAUUUAAAAAAUGUGUUUUUCAGAAAAAGGUAUUCUACAAAAGGAGCUCUUUAUAUAAAAAGUUUUUUUUCUUAUAGUACACUUAAAGUUUAAAUUAAUUCAUAUGCCCUUACCCAGUGGGCCCUUUUAAGUCAGGGGACAUCUAACACAUGGCCCAGUAAAUAAUUAUUACUUUGGAAUCAACUUUUCCACUUUAAAAAUCACAUAUGCCAUAGGAUAAAGAUAAGAGGAAAAAAAAGUUGUCAGCUCUUUUUAUGUCAACGGUCUUUUUUUAUGACUACCUAUUAUAAGCUGUGCAGGUCAUUUAAAAUUACAUCUUCCUUCUCAAAAAAUGUCUAUCCCCAGGUAGACUUGUCACUGGAGAAGAGUAGCUAGGUUCAUUGAAAGGCAUGGGUGCUGUGAGUUGAAUGGAUUUGUUUACUUAAAUGAUGGUCUAAGUUUGGGGGCAUAUCAUAUAUAAUGUUCAUAAGAAGUGAAAUGCAUGUGCAGAGUGAGCUGUAAUCACAGGCUAUAAACAAUACAGAGUCAUUAACAUGCAGAUGAAAAACAAUCAAGUGUUCCUGCUUCUCAGAGGUAACUUACACAGGGUAGAGUGCAGAUGGGCUGUUUCUCCUUUGAAAGCUUUCUUAGGUUGUUUCUGAGGUGAUACUGACUUCUUUUAAAUCUGGGUCUCUUGUCCUGAGUUAGUUCUGAGGAUGGAGAAAAGGAGCCUAUUUGGGGGUCAUUGGUAAUAUUUCUCUGACAUUUAUUUCAUUACUCUUCAAAGAAGGAAAGCCAGCUAAAGUGUUUGUUUUAACAAACAUAUUUUAAGUCCUUUGGGUCAGCUCUUUCUCUUAUCUUUUUUAAAUAUAUAUAUAUGUGUGUGUGUGUGUGUGUGUGUGUGUGUGUGUGUGUGUGUGUGUGUGUAUAUAUAUAUAUGUAGGAUAUUCUAUAGCAAUAAAAGAGAAAGACUGGUGUUACCUAGUUAUUAUAUGCUACAAAUUAAGUGAUUUUUCUGAAAAAAGCACAAAAUCAUUGAAAAGUAUUUAUUGAAAAAGAAUUCAUAGUUCACAUUGAAUUUGUAAAGGCCAAAGAAAUUGAAGAGAAUGGUAAAGAUAUUUCAUUUGUAAGAUCUACAUAUUUAGUAAAUUUUGUGUACAAGAAUGACAGGCAGUGUUUUACCCACAGAAACACAUUUCAGUUUUUACUUUUAAUAGACUCAAGUUUAAAAGUUUUAACAUAUAAAUCUGUUUUUACCCACUAUAUUUAAAGAUUGUUAAUAACAUUUCAGUUAUCUCCCUAGCUUGAUGAAUUUAAACAUUAUCUUCAAAUCUAGGACAAUGACAAUUAAUAGGACUAAUCAUAUUAGCUUCAAACUUGUAAUAUCCAGGGUUAAAAUUAUAGUUAGCAAGAUUGUUAAGUUAUGCCGUAUUAACUUGUAAGUAUGUAAUAGCUUCAUGUGGAAAUGUUACGAUACGAUAACUAAUGGUUAAUGAGAACAUCUUAGAAAUUCUCAAAUUACCCUGCUUUCUAUACUAGUUUUCAGAAUGAUUAUAGAAAUGAUCCUGUUAGCUUUUUGGAUGUUCUAUGGUUGAAUGUGUUUUUGCUUAAAUAAAACUUUGGAAUUUGUUUAAAUUAUACUUCUUGUGAGGGGAGGGGUUAGUGUUGUUGCUUGUUUCAGUUUUGUGUUGUUUGAAAUGAAUGUUCAGUUUUCUGAGCCAAUUGGUCAUUUCAUCCUCAUGACUUGUAAUUUCAGUGACUCUAAGCCAGAACUGUGAAUAGAUUACCAAAAACUUGCUGAGAAUUUCAUUUUGAAGCAAUCUGCCAAUAUUUAAAGCAUAUACAUGUAUGUAGUUGUUUUAAAAAUUGUAUUGUACUAAGAAAUAUAGACAUUGUUUUACUUUAGUUCUUAGUAAACAUUAGUGACACUGAACAUUUACUAAUUACUUUAACUUUUAAAAAUAAGAAAUGAUUGCAUAAAUAUUAUCAAAAGCCACAUUUCUGUAUUCUGGCUUCCCAGUUGUUUUAAAAAGGAUCAUUAGAUAAAACAAAUGCUGGAUACUCUUUCUGAUAUCAUACUCCAUAAAUAAUAUACUUUCUCAAGUCACUUUAUAUUUUUUGCAGUAUGUUGUUAUUGCAAAUUUUCAGGAUUUGCAGUAAUCAGAAAUUUCAAGUGAAUUCAUAGUUGCAAAAGAAGGAUAUAUAUAUAUAUGUGUGUGUGUGUAUAUAUAUAUAUAUAUAUAUAUAUAUAUAUAUAAAAUAUAUAUGGUAAAUGAGUGACAAGACAAUCUAAGUAGUAUCUGGGAAUCUGUAAAUUGUAGAACAAAGAUUCCCUUUACAGAAUUAUUUUAUAUACAGCACGCUAGAUGCUUUCCCCAGUGCUCACAGCACUUGCUCGGUUUUGCAGGAGACCAGGGUGGUUGGAAUGGACAGAUGUGCUAUUGGGUCUACCCACUCAGUUGAGUCUGUGGACUCUCCCUCUCACUCCUGUGCUCUGACUCUGUAGAAACUAAGACUGCCUCAUCAGCAUGAAUCAUGUUUUUUAAGAUUUAUCCUUUUGAAGUAAAAUUCAACCUUACUUCUAAGUGAACAGUUUUCUUUCAGUUCUUUGCAGUUGAUUAUCAGUAUUUACUGAGACCUUACUGGAGGCCAAGAAGUAAUAUCCCUAAAAGUUAAAAGGGCACUUUUCAUUAAAUGGCAUUUGGGAAAAAAAAUACUUCUUUAAUUUUUUUGGAUGAAGGAAAGAAGUAAAGGCUAAGCUUCUCUCAAUCAUCUGAAGGUAAACAUGCUUCUUUCAUUUUUUAAGAUAAUAUAGGAGCUUUAUUUAACCUUAUGAGCAUCCUUGUGCUAAUGUACAGAAAAGUUAUCAGAAUAUGAGUCAUUUAAAAGCUGACCCCUUCCCAGGUGCUAUAUAUGUGAUGAAAUGAAUUCAUCAUUCUCUUUGGUGAGCAUGUAUACAGGAAAUUAUUUCCAAGAUUGAAACAUACUUUGUGAACUUACAUUAACAUGCUUCAUUAACUUGAAUUCCAGGAUCCACUUAUGUAUUUUCUUGUAGAGACUGCUGCUCCUUUAUCCAUAUUUUCCUUUAUAUAUUUCAGGAUAUCUUGAAUAUGAACUUUGGGUGUGUAAUUGAAAAUAUGGAACUAAAAAACGGAGCUUUUUAAACAAUUAGAGAAGUGUCCUCUGGAUAGAGUUUUUUUCCUUUUCACCUAUCAUUCUGCUUCUCUGUUUAAAAUUAAAAAGACUCUUUACAUAAUUUGAAUGGAAACAAGUGGUGUUAUUUCCAUGUUUUUAAUUAAUGCAGUAUACCAAGUGAUUUAGAAGCACCCAACUAUUAAAAAACCAUAAACAUGUAAAAAAUUUAACGGCUGCUGUGCACACUUGGGAUUUUUAGGAGUUGAUUUUUACCUCUCUGUCACUCAGCUUUGUAUGUUUUGAGAUGGAGAUAAAUAUUGCAAGAUCAUGUGAGGAAAAUUGCCAGAAUUCCAAAGCACAUAGUAUGAUAUUCAUGGAGAAUUUCAGAUCUGUUAUACCUAAAAGACAAACUGUAACUAACCAACCCCUUUGUUCUUAAAUUACACAUUUUUUUUUUCAUUUGUGACACCUAAAGGUUGCUAUUCAUUAAUUCUAGAUAAACACCCAGGCUGCAGAGAACUAGAUGUAUCAGAAUCACGGCAGUUUGUUUCUGGCAAUAGCUCCCUUUCAGGUAACUUUGUUGUCCUUAUUCCAGUGUGGCCUCAGUCAUUGAUGUUUUAUUAUGGCGAGGUCCAUGUGACAUGAACCCAUUAGAAAACUUGAUCCACUGUCUUCACAUAAUGCCUCUAGUAGAUGGAAAAUAUCUGAGACAAUAAAGACUUAAUUUCUAGGCAAGAGAAAUAAAAUUGUAUUAUAUUUGAGUUUCUUUCUGUUAGACUUGACUGUGUCUAGAAGUUUUGAUUUAGGGGCUUUUAAAAAAAAUCACAUUUUGUUUGUAGAAUUGUUUUGAAGUACCAAGGUUAUUUGCUUUGAAUUUUAUCUCCUGCUUUCUUAAUUUUUUUAAUUCUUUGAAUAAAAUGAUUUUUUAAAAAUUAAUUUACUUUCACUGCUGCUAUGUAGAAACCUAGAAACUGUGGGACAUCUUUGUAGGAUUUCCAUCUUUGUUCUUAGUUGUUAACUUGGACCUAUAUGUUAUAAAAAUUUAAAGCAUUUCUUUGAACAAAUCCAACAAAUUAAAUUGGAAAUUUCUUUACA